AACAACUCGAACCAAGCCCUAAGAACUAGAUGCGAGAGAUCAAAAACUAUUAGAUUUCUACGCUCGCAUUAUCAAUAUUGGAUAUUGGAUAAUGGAACAGCGCGCACUUGGUUGCUUUUAGUUGUUGUCAAGAUCUUGUGCGAGUAUGACUACCCUUGUAGAAGCAAUACAGAGGAAACAUGAGAAGUUGACGGAAAGCCACAUCUUUGUCGGACAUAUUCAAAAGGCAUGUUAUCGUACUGGUACCAAUAUUCUGUUUCCGACACGGACUUUAACAAUGGACUGUCAGAACAUAGAUAGCAUUGGUUCCAAAGAUGGGCUACUUGAAGAGGCUGAGAAUGUAAGGGAGUUGGAUUUGGCCGGUAACCAUCUGUCCUCUUUCGAGGAGGUGUUCAAACUUCUUUGCUGGCUAAAACAUCUUGAAUCCUUAAAUUUAAGUCGAAACCCCUUAGGCCCUCACAUCUCCAAUUAUCAGUCUUCAAAUUCUUCUUUUGAUGAGGAUGGUGUUGAUUUAUCCCUUGAGGAAAAUAUCCAACCUGUCAACUCUGAGUAUAUUCAGGACUCAGCUUCCCUGUGUUGUGAUAAAUCGUCAUCUGAAACGAAUAGUUAUAACGAUAAUGGUAAUGUGCUUCGAUCAAAACAAAAUAAAAUUAAUUUUUCACCUAAUUAUCGAACUGAUUCAUUAAAUGAUGCACUACAGAAAAUGAUACCGUCUAAUAAUCCAAAUGGUGCUUAUGCCAAAGAAACUGCAGAGAAUGAAUCACUCACCAUGAAGGCAUUGUUGAGUCACUUACUAGUUCCCUCCAAAAUUGCCUUGAAUUCUGGGAUUAUAUCAUCCUCAACUAUAUUUCCCACUUUGAACGUAUUAGCACUAAAUUCUACCAAUAUACCAUGGAAUUGGGUUCUUGAUCUACUUCGUCGAUUGCCAAACCUAACUGAUUUACAUGUUGCCCGUAAUAACUAUCGAUCUGAAGAGGAUGAUUUAGACGGUUCAGGUGAUUUAUUGACUUAUGUUACUACUACUAACAAUAAUAAUGGUAACAAUGAUGGUGAUGCUGAUGCCUGUAACCACAAUACACUGCCUAUCUUUCCGCGUUUACAAAGCCUUUAUUAUAGUGAUAAUGGUAUAUCGAGGUGGUGGACUAUAUGUCGAUUGUGUAGACAUUUUCCUGGUUUACAGCAACUUAUCCUACUGGGCAAUCCAAUUGAACAUAUACCUAUUCCUGCAAAAACUAAUCAACAGACCUAUACGUCGCAUAGUAUUCCUACUGGUGAAGAACUCUCUGAAGAGAAGGCGGACCGUAAAGCCUCAAAUCAACAAAUAUCAGGAAGCACCACCAAUAAUAAUAAUAAUAAUAAUAAUAAUAAUACGAAUAGUCGUCAUGAUCAACGCUUAUUCGAAAAUGUACAUACAUUAGGUCUGUCGGAGACACUUAUCAGUCAAUGGGAAAGUAUUGAUGCUUUAGGUGAAUGGAUGCCUAGUUUGAAGAAUUUACGAUUGGGAAAUACGCUACCUGUAUUUCAGUCUUGGAUGGAACCACGAUGUCGAGCUCAUGUAAUUGCUCGAUUACCUAAACUAACAACCUAUAAUCGAAGUGCAAUUGACUCAGAAGAACGUGUAAGUGCUGAACGAGAGUUUGUAAGAUAUUAUGGUCAAAUCGAUCCAAAGCAGCGUCCUAAUCGCUAUUGGGAAUUAGAACGUCAACAUGGCCGACUUGAACCUUUGGCGAAUAUUGACUUAUCACCUAAACGGCAUAUUCGUGUACGUGUCUCUAUGUCUGGGAAAGAACUAUGGUAUGAUUUAAACGUCAAUCUUAAAGUAUCUCAAGCAAAACGUCAGUUCUCCAACCUGUUCAAUAUUCCACAAACUGAGGCUAAACACUUCAAACUGUUUUAUUUCGAUCAAUUUAUUUCACAAAUUCAGGGUCCAGAAGAAUUGAAAUAUCCCAAUCGUAAUCUCUACUCGUAUCAAUUAGAACCAGGUGAUCUCUUCGAAUUGGUACGAUCUCCGAAUUAUUCAAAGCGUUAAAAUGGUUUUGCUUAGUUGAAGAACACCUUUAUCGGUGUAUUUGUGCACUUCUGCGUACGAUUUUAUUGAUUUUGUAGUUUAAUCAGCUGGGCAUAUGUCCCCCUUUUUUAAAAUCAUUUUUUCCGCUAGUUCCAAAUAUCUCAUAUUGUUGUGAGUAAUUAUUCACCAACACACCUUCGUCCCACACCUGCCUUCUGUAUAUUAAAAACCAGUCGGUUAAUUUGUUUGCUGUAUAAUCAUUACUUUCUUUCAAUUGGUAUUUACUAGUUUUCUUUUUCUGUGUGUGUGUGUGUGUAUGUAUGUAUGUAAAGCACUAGGGUGCUUUAAGUGUAUAGUAUCAAUUGACUUCUAUUGCUAUUUUUAUUAGCAAUGUUAUUGCGAUUUGAAUAGCUUUGUAGUUAACAAUCACAAAGGUGUCAUAGCAAAUCUAGUGUGACACCUUGAGAGUGAGAUCCUCCUUCCUAGCAACUACUUGCAUAUUUCUGAUAGUCACUUCAACUACUUAUUCGUCCAGUUUUCUUUAAUUUGUAUCCUGUUUGAUAUUCCCUGGUGUACUCACAUAAUUUCUCAUUUUUAUUUAUUUAUUAUAUUUCCCAACUAGUAAGUAUUGUUGUGAGUUGUUUAUUUUUAAAAGUUAAAAUUUCCUUAUUGUUGUCUGUAGAUAAUUUGCUUUCUCACUCUUGUUCUUUCAUAUUUUGUUUUGUUUGGCUGUGAAUGAUACUUUUCAUGUGCGCGUGCAUAAAUGUAUGUGAGAGUGGUCGUUUCAAUGCUACUAUCCUUUUGUUUUUGUUAAUUAGUUCAACAAGGUUUUUCAGCACUUGAAAAAUGUAACUGUAUUUAUUGUCCUCUUUUGGCGGUUGUGUUCACUUCACUCCUUCCUUUUUUUUCGCUUUUUGUAAUUAUGAUUUUUUUGCCUCUAUUGUUGUUUUUAAUUUUCAAGGUAAUGAUGUAUUCACUUGGUAGCAGUAAUGACCUGUGACACAUUGACCUACCAUAUUUGAUUCAAUAUCAGUGUGUGAGUAUCUGCAUUUGUGUAUGUGACCAGCCUAAAUAUCACUUAUUACUUUUUUCAUUUUGGUUUUAUUUUAUCUGAUUGUUCAUAAUCAGUAGAUGGUUAUUUUACAGUUUACUUGGUGCCUACUAGUGGACUCUUCUUUGGCCCUGUUCGGGACUCGUUAGCUGGGUGUAUCUGUGUCAUGCUUUCGUAUCUGACUCCAACUUUUAUAUAAGGUUCUCGAAG